AGCUUCAGGAGCGGAGCUUCCCGGGUCAGGCGGGUCAAAGGUCAGAAAGCGGAGGCGUGCCCAAGAUGGCGGCCUCCAUGUGCGAAGUGUUCUCCUUCUGCGUGGGCGUGGCGGGUUCGGCCCGGGUUGCAGUAGAAGUCCGAUUUGUGAGCAGCGCAAAGGGAAAGGGACUGUUUGCCACACAACUGAUCCGAAAGGGAGAGACCAUCUUCAUAGAAAGGCCCCUGGUGGCUGCACAAUUUCUCUGGAAUGCACUUUAUCGCUACCGAGCCUGUGAUCACUGCCUCCGGGCCCUAGAGAAGGCAGAGGAGAAUGCCCAAAGGCUGACUGGGAAACCAGCCCAGAUUUUGCCUCACCCAGAGCUAUGCACUGUGCGUAAGGACCUCCACCAGAACUGUCCCCACUGCCAGGUGAUGUACUGCAGUGCAGAAUGUCGGCUGGCAGCUGCAGAGCAAUAUCACCGAGUCCUGUGCCCAGGCCCCUCUCAGGAUGACCCCCUGCAUCCUCUCAAUAAGCUGCAGGAGGCUUGGAGGAGUAUUCACUACCCACCUGAGACUGCAAGCAUCAUGCUCAUGGCCCGAAUGGUGGCCACAGUAAAGCAGGCUAAGGAUAAGGACCGUUGGAUCAGGCUCUUCUCCCAAUUCUGUAACAAAACAGCUAAUGAAGAGGAGGAAAUUGUCCACAAACUCCUGGGGGACAAAUUCAAGGGCCAACUAGAACUUCUGCGGAGACUCUUCACAGAGGCCCUUUAUGAGGAAGCACUCAGCCAGUGGUUCACUCCAGAUGGAUUCAGAUCUCUCUUUGCUCUUGUUGGGACCAAUGGCCAAGGAAUUGGGACCAGCUCCCUGAGCCAGUGGGUCCAUGCCUGUGAUGCUCUAGAGCUGAAGCCUCAGGACCGCGAGCAACUAGACGCCUUCAUUGACCAGCUGUACAAGGACAUCGAGGCAGCUACCGGCGAGUUCCUUAAUUGUGAAGGAUCUGGCCUCUUUGUGCUUCAGAGCUGCUGCAACCACAGCUGUGUCCCCAAUGCAGAGACUGCUUUCCCAGAAAAUAACUUCCUUUUGCAUGUCACCGCUCUGGAGGAUAUUAACCCAGGAGAGGAAAUCUGUAUCAGCUACUUAGAUUGCUGUCAACGGGAGCGCAGCCGCCACAGCCGCCAUAAGAUCCUUAGGGAGAACUAUCUGUUUGUCUGUUCCUGCCCCAAAUGCCUGGCAGAGGCUGAUGAACCCAAUGUGACCUCAGAGGAGGAGGAGGAGGAAGAAGAGGAGGAAGAGGAAGAAGAGCCAGAAGAUGCAGAGUUAGGGGAUGAGAUGACUGAUGUGUGAUGUUGCCCUGCCUGAAAGGGGCCCUGCUCCAGAUCCUGCUAGAAAAGGGGGCCCUCCCCCCCAGAAAAGAGGCUUGGAAGGAACUCCCCACUCCCAUUGCCUGCUUUCCUCCUUCCAGUACUCUGCCAGAGCGUAGGACAGGGGCUGCAUCCUAGG